GAACACAACAGUUUUCUUUUUACAAAUACAUCACAGAUACGUUUUUCUGAUACUCUGAUACUGCUUGGCAGUCAUUUGCAACAUAGGUGGAGAUAGUUGAGGGCAAUGAUAACAUCUGUAGCCUCCACCCAGCCCCACCCCCGCUGUGGGGAUUUUGUGGGGGCAGGAAAUAUGGUCAAGGAGACAAAACUAGAACAAGGUAACUGAGGUCGAGGUGUAGAUGAAGUCCCUUAAUUUCUGUGGGUUUCUGUGAUGGAAAAGUGCCAUCAAAUCAGCCAGGACGAUACCAAUGAAUGUCACAGAGAAGCAACAAGUCUGCAACAAAAAAGGUCUCUUCACCUAAGAUUUAGAAUUAAUGCAAGCUGGUCAGCAAAGACCCGAGCGUAUGCUGCAACACACUGGACCUUAAGAAACCCCGGUCAGACAAAUCCACCACAGACAUGGAUUGUGCAAUGAGCCCAAAACAUGACCUUUCUGAGGUCUUGUCUUCAAACUAAUCAUUCUGUCCUGGUCAUGUGUCAGCGAACUUCAGCUGUGCUUGUUGUGUUUGAUCACAGGGUCUUUGUCAACAGAAAUCUGACGCUGGAAAACAUUAAAUGCUAUGGCUUUGACAUGGACUACACGCUGGCAAUAUACAAGUCUCCUGACUAUGAGAGCCUGGGCUUUGAGCUGAUAAGAGACAGGAUGGUGUCUAUUGGAUACCCUCAUGAGAUUCUACGCUACACAUAUGACCCCAGCUUCCCCACACGCGGUUUAGUGAUGGACACUGCAUACGGGAACCUCCUGAAGGUGGACUCAAAUGGGAAUAUUUUAAUCUGCAGUCAUGGCUUCUGCUUCCUCAAAGGAGAAGAAAUUCACAACUACUACCCCAACAAAUUCAUUCAAAGAGAUGACACCGAUCGCUUUUACAUUCUUAACACACUCUUCAAUCUGUCAGAGACUUAUCUCUACGCCUGCCUAGUGGACUUCUUCACCAGGUGCUCCAGAUACACAAACCUCCUGAAAGGUUACCAGCACGGCGACUUGUUUAUGUCCUACAGAAGCAUGUUUCAGGAUGUUCGAGAUGCGAUGGACUUCAUUCACAAUACGGGAACCCUGAAAGACCGAACUAUCAAGAAUUUGGAGAAAUACGUUAUCAAAGAUGUAAAUGUUCCUGUACUCUUGACAAGGAUUAAAGAGGUGGCCAAGGUCUUUCUUGCCACCAAUAGCGACUACAGCUACACUGAGGCCAUUAUGAAAUACCUGCUUGACAGUAAUGCCAAGUCGGGAACUCUGAAAAAGUCCUGGCGCUCCUUCUUCGACCUCAUUGUCGUGGACACCAGAAAGCCACUGUUCUUCGGAGAGGGGACUGUGCUGAGACAAGUGGACACGGACACAGGAAAGCUUCGGAUUGGGACUUACACAGGCGCCCUCCAGCAUGGAACUGUGUACUCUGGAGGAUCCUCGGACAUCAUCUGUGAUCUGCUGGAUGUCAAAGGUAAGGACAUCCUCUACGUUGGAGACCACAUCUUUGGCGACAUCCUCAAAUCUAAGAAACGUCAGGGCUGGAAGACUUUUCUGGUCGUACCGGAGCUCACCAAGGAGCUGCACGUGUGGGAGGAGAAGAAAAAUCUGUUUGAGGAGCUGAAAGGUCUAGACGUCUUCCUAGCUGAAUUUUACAAGCACCUGGAUAGGGGCGAUCGAAAGUGUCCUGACGUCGGUGCCAUUCAGACCCGAAUGAAGGUGCUGACCCAGAGGAUGGACAUGUGCUACGGCCAGAUGGGCAGCCUCCUGCGCAGCGGCUCCAGACAAACGCUGUUUGCCAGCCAGCUGAUGCGUUAUGCAGAUCUUUACUCCUCCACCUGCAUCAACCUGCUGCACUACCCCUUCAAUUACCUCUUCAUGGCCCCUCCAGUCCUGAUGCCCCACGAGGCAGCAUCUCAAAAUUCGGCUGACUUUGCUUCAUCAGACCUCACUGCUGUCACCAACCAUACUUUCAGAAACUAAGUGCUGAAAACAGCAGACCGAGAUGAGACAGAAGAGGAGCACGUGAAGACUCCACAGAAAUCUUACAAUGUGCUCAUGCUUGUCAGAGACAGUUCUCACUCCUGAAGGUGACUAUUUCCAGUGCAUUUAUGAGGGGUUUGUUGCAGCCAUUAUGUGCCGCCUUAAACAAAAA